AUGGUGCCCAUGCGCAAGUUGCUCAGACACAAGUCUCGGGUUGACGGCGACUUCCGAGUGACGAAGCGAACCACCGCCCCCCACCCCCACCCCCACCUCAGGCCAAAGUCCCCAACCUUGACGAUGUACCCGGACGGCUCGUUCACGUCCCGAUUGAGUAACACGUGGACACAUUCUACUACCAGAACUACUAUUGGUGGUGUGGUCGAGCGAGUCGUGUGCAGCAGCAGCGGCAGCAGUAGCAGCAUGGGGUCGAACUGUUCCGUGUUGCAGCAGCUCCGAAUGGACUUGAGCCAGCAGCAGGCUCAAGACCUGCUGCACAACCACCGGGAACAUCUGCAGUUGCGCACGUGCAGCUUUGGUCGGCGUGGCCGACCAUCCUACGCAGUGCGCACGCAAGCCGAGGUGCAGCGACUCUGCCACUUUGCCAACGUAUCAGCCCAUCCUGUUCAUGACUCAAUGUCCGAGACCGGUACCGCCGACACGUCAUCCAUGCUCGUCGAUUCACAACCAGCCCGCGAUAGCGUAGGGAAUGUAGAGCCAUCCCGCGGCACAGGUCCGGGACCACCGCUGCAACAGCCGCGGCACCAAGACCAAUUUUGA